AUGGUACAGAAGCAGACAGGCGGAACGUCGCUUGGGCAACGCAAGCCGUGUUGGGCUUUGAGUUAUUGGAUACCCAGAUUGGUCCUGGCUUUGAUCUUGUUCCUAAUCGCAGUGGACAUCAACCCGGAAGUGGAUGAUACCCCGCGCACGAGGAGACGUCUGAUUGCAGCUACCAGAGUUCUCAGCCCUGCCAUCGAGGGUUCAAAUUGGUGGAUGUCCUGUGGGCUGCACAUGCACGCUUGCUCCGGGCCAUGGUUGCCCGAAAUGAAGGAGUACUGCUGCUGUGACUCCGGCUACACCUGGGCAGCCGAUGCUUGUGAACUGGAAACGACGACGACUUUGCCCAUACCGGAUGCUGAAGACAGCUCUGGCAAAAGCACACUGCUCUUCUGUGAGACUUUCGAUCCAGAGGAGAACGAGGGAUCCCUUACCUACGAGGGAAUGCUGCAGUUGAACGAGACUUCGGCGCAAGAAUGGGUUGCUGAAGUGUUGGCUGAAGCCGGCUACGAGCGAAGCCUCCGGAAGCUGUCAAGUGGGACGAGUGGAUGCUCAGACGAAGAUGGAGACACGAACAUUCACACAGGAAGCAGUGGCUGCGCAGAGGAUGAGCAAGAGCAGCAUCGAAGUCUACACACAGGCAGCCAGGGCUGCAGCAAGUCCUCUACAGGCACCCGUGGAUGCCACCACCGUCAUGCAAGUGGUGCUCAAGGACCGCUCUGGUCUCGGCGACACCUUUGGUCUUUUGCUUCUUAUGCCGUUCAUCAUGAUCGUUGUGAUGGGCAUUAUGGUCCAUUCUUUGGCGGCCCUGCCGAUCCUGAUGCUCUACUUUAUGGCGUUUCCGGCGAUUUUGGCCAUGGUUUCUUGCAUGACCGGUAG